CACCUACCCUUAUUUGUAGACUAUAAAUAAAACGAAUAUUAUCUCUCCUACAAAAUAGCGAGGACUACUUUCAAUUAGCCUAUCUAAUCUAGUUCAUAUUCAACCCUCGCCAUCUUCUCCUCUCAAACAAAAUCUCCCAUCCUUCAAAAAAACAAAAACAGAGGAACCCAGAAACCCAGAAACAUGGCUCUGACAACAAGCACUUCAUCUCUCCCAUCAAAAUUCCUCUUCCAAACAUCACCCCAAUUCAAUUCUCCCAAACCCCAUCAACCCACUUUCUCUCUCCCCAAAAUCCGAGCCUCUUCUUCCUCCAAAUCUCCCUCAACAACCACCACAACCACCAAACCGAAAUGGUCAAUCGACAGUUGGAAAUCAAAGAAGGCCCUUCAACAACCCGAUUACCCGAACCCGAACGAGGUCGAUUCGGUUCUCCAGACCCUUGAAUCGUUCCCCCCGAUCGUAUUCGCUGGUGAGGCUCGGAGCCUUGAGGACAGGAUUGGUCAAGCUGCUAUGGGAAACGCGUUUUUAUUACAAGGUGGGGAUUGUGCUGAGAGUUUCAAGGAGUUUAGUGCUAAUAAUAUUAGGGAUACUUUCAGGGUUCUUCUUCAAAUGAGUGUUGUUCUUAUGUUUGGUGGUCAGAUGCCUGUUGUUAAGGUGGGAAGAAUGGCUGGUCAAUUUGCAAAGCCAAGAUCAGAUGGGUUUGAGGAGAAGAAUGGAGUGAAAUUACCAAGCUACAGGGGUGACAACAUCAAUGGUGAUGUUUUUGAGGAAAAGGCAAGGAUUCCAGAUCCUAAUAGGAUGAUUAGAGCGUACACGCAAUCAGUGGCAACUUUGAACCUUCUUAGAGCCUUUGCUACUGGAGGGUAUGCUGCCAUGCAACGCGUCACACAUUGGAAUCUUGAUUUCACGGACCACAGUGAGCAAGGGGACAGGUACCGUGAACUGGCACAUCGAGUUGAUGAAGCUCUUGGCUUCAUGUCUGCCGCUGGACUUCCCCUUGAUCACCCAAUCAUGACAACAACAGAGUUCUGGACAUCACAUGAGUGCUUGCUCUUGCCAUAUGAACAAGCUCUUACUAGAGAAGAUUCAACUUCUGGCUUGUUCUAUGAUUGUUCUGCUCAUAUGGUUUGGGUAGGGGAGCGUACGCGACAACUUGAUUGUGCUCAUGUUGAAUUCUUGAGAGGAGUUGCUAACCCUCUUGGCAUUAAGGUGAGUGAUAAGAUGGAUCCUAAUGAGCUAGUUAAGCUCAUUGACAUUCUAAACCCUCAAAACAAGCCCGGGAGGAUUACAGUGAUUACCAGGAUGGGAGCUGAGAAUAUGAGGGUAAAGUUUCCACAUCUUAUAAGGGCAGUUCGUCGUGCUGGUCAAAUUGUAACUUGGGUUAGUGAUCCAAUGCACGGGAACACCAUCAAGGCUCCUUCUGGUCUCAAAACCCGCUCCUUUGAUUCUAUUAGGGCUGAACUCGGAGCAUUCUUUGAUGUUCAUGAUCAAGAAGGAAGCUAUCCUGGAGGAGUCCAUCUAGAGAUGACAGGUCAAAAUGUGACAGAGUGCGUAGGAGGUGGACGUACCAUCACAUACGAUGAUUUGGGCUCUCGUUAUCACACCCAUUGUGAUCCAAGACUCAAUGCUUCCCAAUCUCUAGAACUAGCGUUUAAUAUUGCAGAGCGUCUUCGUAGAAGAAGAUUGGGAGCUCAACGUAAUCUAGGCUUUAACGCUCUCUAAGAAGUUGAGUAUGUCUCGAAAAUUUCUUGCAAAUUGAGUUACUUCAAUUUUGCAGAUAUAUUUAUUAAUAUCAAAAAAUAUGUAUGGUGACCAUUAUGCAAAACUCGUAGAGAUCAUGUUUUUUGAACAAUUUGAUUUUCCUGUUCUUGGAUUAAUGUUUGUAUGAUUUCAGAAGCUAUAAAUUAUAAGAUUUGUACUGUAUAAUUCACUUUUUAUUUCUGAAUAAUGGUGCUUCUCAGCAUGCAUAUUAACUUUAUUAGA